CUCUAUCGUCUUCCUUCACUUCUGUUUCCUCUCUCUUGGCGCAGUUAGGGCUUUACCCGGCCACUAUUUUGCAUCCGAGAAAAAGAAGAAGAAAAAAGAAACUCAAAUCCAGUGAAUAUCCCUCUAAAACCCUUUUCCACUCUCCGCUUCUGCUGCUGACUUAGGUAAUAAUGGCGUUAAUAGAGCAAAAGAACGUAGCAGAUGUGAAUAAUGUGAAUACCGGCAAUGAAAUCUCUCCAAACAUGACCAUUUACAUCAACAACCUCAACGAGAAAAUUAAACUCGAUGAAUUGAAAAAAUCGCUGCACGCGGUGUUCUCGCAAUUUGGGAAGAUAAUAGAGAUACUGGCGUUUAAAACGCUGAAACACAAAGGGCAAGCUUGGGUUGUUUUCGAGGAUGUUCAAUCUGCUACUAAUGCUAUUAGGCAAAUGCAGUCUUUUCCCUUUUAUGAUAAGCCAAUGAGAAUACAUUUUGCAAAAACUAAAUCAGACGUCAUCGCAAAGGCUGAUGGGACUUUUGUUCCAAGGGAAAAGCGAAAGAGGCAUGAGGAAAAAGGAAAAAGGAAGAAAGAGCAGCAUGAUGCUAAUCAAGCUGGGAUUGGAAUGGCUCCUGCUUAUGCUGGUGCUUAUGGUGCAACGCCUCCGUUAUCACAAAUUCCCUAUCCAGGAGGUGCAAAAUCUAUGGUUCCUGAGGCCCCAGCUCCACCAAAUAACAUACUCUUUAUUCAAAAUCUUCCCAAUGAUACAACUACAAUGGUACUUCAAAUGUUAUUCCAACAUUAUGCUGGUUUUAAAGAGGUUAGGAUGGUGGAGUCAAAGCCAGGGAUUGCCUUUGUAGAGUAUGCUGAUGAGAUGCAGUCGACAGUUGCAAUGCAAGGACUUCAGGGUUUGAAGAUACAGCAAAAUCCAAUGUUAAUUACCUACGCCAAGAAAUAGUCAAGGGUGCUUCUGAUUUUUGCCUUGAUAGGAGAAACUGCAAUGAAGUAGAAUGUUUCAAACUUGUAACUGCUUAUUUACUGUAUCUGUUGACAGGAGACUUGUGUACUAUUAUAGAUGAGUGAGCGACUUUCUUCUGCUCAAUGUUAUCUUUUGGAAGUACUUACUAGUGUAGUAAAUUGGUGAAUUCAUGUGUAUUUAGCUUCCUAGAAUUUAUGAAACACCAAGUAAAGCGGCUUCUAUUCA